UUGAGCCGAGUCGGUGGGGUUUUCUUUCUCUAUAAACCCUUCGAUCCCACGCUUUGAGUUUUGGGGUUCUGUGUGCAAGUAUUUCGAUGGCAGUUCUGGAGCGACUGGUUCGGACAGCUCGAGCAUGGCGCGGAUCUCUGUCUGGUCCCAUAGCCAUGGACCCUUUGCGUUCCCGCGCGCGGGUGUUUCGUCACCGUUCCUAUCGGAGAACAUUUGAGCAGAAUGACGCAGUUGUUGAGGAAUUCUGGAGGUCUUACAACACCCGAAACGGUUUUCGCUGUGUUUCCACGAUGACCCCUGCAGUUGUGGGUUCUCUCUUCAGUGUUGGAGCAGUAGGAUUGGCUUAUGCUGAAGCAGAUGAGGCUGAUGGCAAGCCUUCUUCUCCAAAAGAUUCCACAGCAAACUAUGUGGACAUGGCCAAGAAAGAACGGGCUCGAAUCGAAGAGCUUCUCAGGAGUAAAGAAAUGCAUCACGGUUCUAUCCCACGGUUUAAUGUUGCCAUUAAGGGCCAAAAGACUACCAUUAAGUUCCAAAUACCUCCUACUUGUGAAGUUGCACAAUUAAUUGCAAACGUUGGUUCCCAACUUGGUGUGAAAGUAGCAGAACGCCCAAGUGGUUCGGAUAUGAUAUUGCGUGCUUGGGACAGUUCUGUUGCUUGGCAAUUAACACUUCGCAGCCCGCAAAAUAAGAAAGAGUUAGGAGGGAUUGAGGAUGAUUCUGAUGAAGAUUUGUGCAUUCUUAUCUUUGGUUCCCUAAUUAGUUCUGACAAACCGGAAAUCGAGUUCAUAAAGAAGGGUAGAUUCACUGAUGCUGAACUUGAGGCAUUUGUUUCUGCUUUGCAACUAGCUGGUACGAAAGUGGGACACAAAAAGGGAAUGGAAACUAAACCGGAUGGGGAUAGACCACGUGCUCCUCCUGCAGACAAAUCUAUUUCUCAGUUGGAGUCGAUGGGAGUGAGAAUCUAUGGAGUUAAUGAAUCUCUUGAGAAUUCAUCCAAUGAGAUAACAUGGGACACUAUAGCUGGGUAUCAUCAGCAAAAGCGAGAGAUAGAAGAUACAAUACUAAUGUCUCUUCACAGUCCUGAAGUAUAUGAUGACAUAGUACGCGGUACACGGUCCAAAUUUGAAUCAAAUAGACCACGGGCCGUGCUAUUUGAGGGUCCACCAGGAACUGGGAAGACAUCAUGUGCCCGUGUUAUUGCUACUCAAGCGGGCAUCCCAUUGCUGUAUGUGCCACUUGAGGCUGUUAUGUCCAAGUAUUAUGGUGAAAGUGAGCGCCUACUAGGGACUGUAUUUUCGUUGGCAAAUGAGCUCUCCGAUGGGGCAAUUAUAUUUCUCGAUGAGAUUGAUGCCUUUGCUGUUUUGCGUGAUACUGAGAUACAUGAAGCAACACGUAGAGUUUUGUCAGUAUUGCUAAGGCAGAUUGAUGGAUUUGAGCAGGACAAAAAGGUAGUUGUCAUCGCUGCAACCAACAGAAAACAAGACCUUGAUCCGGCUUUGAUAAGCCGUUUUGAUUCCAUUAUUACAUUUGGCUUGCCGGACUUCCAAACUCGUCAAGAAAUCAUCACCCAAUAUGCAAAGCAACUUACAAAGUCUGAAUUAGUCCAGCUUGCUCAGGCCACAGAAGGAAUGUCAGGCAGGGAUAUUCGAGAUGUAUGCCAACGAGCAGAACGAACAUGGGCUUCAAAGUUGAUACGAGGACAAGCCAGAAAAGCCGACGGAGGAAAAGAAGUGUCUCUACCGCCAUUACAAGAGUACCUGGAGAGCGCUGAAGCUCGGCACAAAGCUUUGCUCAGCGUGAAAGAGCAAAGGGACGGAAGUAUCUCCUCACGUUCCAGGAAACCUCUGUUAGAUUUCAACUGAGACAGUGAUCCGUUUCCGUGGCAUUAUCAGCAGAGACAUGAUAAUAUCAGGUUAAGUUGGAGAAGGCUGAAGAAGAGUAAACUCAAACUCAAACUCAAGUCCCUGCAUCCAGACAAUAUCAUCGUCACUUACUUCUCCUCUUCACAUGUUUUCGUUUUCAUCAUUUAGAACAGCCUUAAGAUCUCUAAUCAAUGUUUUUAUAAUUUAUAGAAUGAAAACUUGUUUUGUGGUAUCCGUAUUUGGAUAUUUCUCCAAUAAUAUAUGGAAAGGGUUCUCGAGUUUUUCA